CUAUUUAGCAUUGACAGUCUGACACUAAACUACGCGUUUUAACUGUACAUUUGUUGACCAAAAUAAUUACUUAUUUACUUGAAUUUAUCUAACACUAGAUAUUAUCUUAAAAAUAACCUAUUUUAAUAAAGAACUGUGGAGUAGAGCAGUUAAAAUUUAAGGGUGGUGAUGUUGUUUAAAGCUGUGAUAGUUUUGUUCACUUAUGUGCGGUUUGCCACCUCCGUCCGCUGCUUUGACUGCACGAGUGCCAACAACACGAUGUGCCUAGACCCCCACCUCUACGACGAAGAGACGGUGCGGAAGUUCCUCCCAUCGGUGGACUGCAACCGUGGCAUACAGGCGGUGGCCCUUGAUGGAAGCAGUGACUUUUUCUGUAGGAAGAUUGUACAGACCAUAUUCCACAAGAACUAUGAGCCUGAAGUUCGCGUGACACGCGGCUGUGGCUGGAAGCGUUUCUACCGCGAUUGCUAUAAAGCCGACAACGAAGACCACCUCGAGACCGUGUGCCAGUGCUUCUCCGAUGACUGCAAUUCUUCAAAGCAAAAUUCGAGUUGUUUUAGUAUUAUCGCAAUUGCGUUUUGUAUGACGAUCAUUACGACUAAGGAUAAAAAUCCAGUCCUCAUCAAAUAA